AUGCAGCCGCCCAGCUUCAGCGAUUUUCGACAGUACAUAAUCAGGGCUAGCAGUAACAAGAGCACCUUCCUUCUCCCACCGAUCCAAUGCCUGCCAGAUCCCAAGUACAUUCCAGCAAGGCGGGAAUUGACACCCAAGGAGUUCAUAGUGAAAGCGCUCAAGGGGGUGCAGUGCGACGGCUGUCAGACCCAGCCAGCCAGCAUUCGUUCGGCGGUGCUUCAAAGCAUGAACAAGGCGAUAAAGGAUCCGUCGCUACACUUCAACCGGUGCGAGCUGAGCAUUCUCUUCAACAUCUACUUCCACCUCACGAAUCACGAGAAUCGGCCGAUGGAGCAGCGCGAGUUGGCCGUCUUUCUCUACCUCACCUUCAAUAUAACGAACACCGCGACCCUGGAGGGGAUCUACAGGGCGGCGCUGAAGAUCACGCACGGCGGAUUCAGCAAACAGGCCGGCGGGUUCGACAGCUACGUCUUCGUGAAGAUGUUGUCGGCGUUGCUGCGCGGCUCGAUUGAGGAGAGAGCCGUCUGGACGUUCUACAUCCUCGACGAGGACGGCGACGACGCCAUCUCGCCGAAGCUGGAACUCACGAGAUCCCUGCGGCACACAUUCGACCCCACCAUCGCCGCGUCGGCGCCCGAAAUCGAUCCGGAGGAGCCCUUCCGUGACACCCUGCGUUACCUCACCGGGAAGAUGGGCAUGACGCUGACGGGCAGUAUGAGUCUGGAGGAGUUUGUGCGCGAGUGCAAGGCCUCGCCGUGGCUCAUUGAAGGCAUAGCGCCGACACUUCCCUCGGAGAUCACCAACUACGCCUUCCAAUCCAUCAUCACACAAACUCCGAGGUUACCGCCAAUUGAGAAUAUCACGCCGCGAUGUAACAAUGUUAGCAACGAAAAGAAACGCCGAAAGAAGGAAUGA